AGAUGGGCAAAGGAAAAAAAAAAAAGGAGAAACGUGGGUCCUUAAAUUCUCAUGGUUUCCAUGUAAUCUCAAUUUAGUGGAUGAAAAUGAAUGAAAGCAAGAUUGGAACAAGAUGGGAGCUCAAUGUGCUCGCUAAUUCGGUAACAAAAUUAAGUUAGCUGCUUCGAGUUCGAUACAAACAUAAAUAUAACCUGUGAAAUUCUGCAACAGUUCUUUGGAAUUAACAAGAAUUGGAAAAGGUUAUUGGUAAGCAUGGCCGGAGCAGCAAUUUUGUGCAAUUUGGAAGCAAUUGCAGGAGUUGUAGGAGACGGAAGGGUAAAGCUAAACAUAUGUCAGUAUACAAAUAAAACUUCAGGCUUAGGAGCCAACCCAUUUAAAUUCUGCUGCGCGUUUGGGGAGAGAUUACAAAUGAAAGGUAAACCUGCAAUUAAGGAGAGCAGAAGAAAUACUGGCGUGUGCAAAGUAAACAUGCAGUUAAUUUUUCCCAAGACGGAGGAAGGCAGGAAAUGGCUGGCGCAGAAAUGCGUGUUCGGGUUUUCAGCCCCACAAGUUUUGGAUGCUUUAAAGGCCCUGCAGAGACCUGCAAUGGUUGCGAUUUUGGUAGGGAUUCUCCUAGCACAUGACCCUGCAGCAGCCAUGGCUGCCUCGGGAGGAAGAAUGGGUGGAAGUGCAUUUUCUUCUGGCCGAGGCAGUAGAGAUUAUUCAUCUAGGACCUAUUCAGGUCCCAGUUUUUCAUAUACUACACCAUAUGCUGCUCCUUCGCCUUUUGGCUUCGGUGGUGGUUUGUUUGUCAGGCCCAGUUAUGGUAUUGGGUUUGGCGCUGGGUCUGGUCUGUUCGUUAUCUUGAUGGGUUUGCUUGCAGUUGUUUCAGUGGCUGGGUUUCUGUCUGACCGCGGGAAUUCAGGAUUGUUUGUGUCAUCACAAAAGACAAGUGUUCUCAAGCUUCAGGUUGGACUGUUAGGUAUGGCGCGUUCACUUCAAGAAGAACUUGAUCAUAUUGCUGAAAACGCAGACACCUCUACUCCAGAAGGCCUUCAUCUUCUGCUCACAGAGACUUCUCUGGCUUUGCUUCGACACCCAGACUUUUGCAUUUCGGGUUACUCAUUGGCAGAUAUAAAGCGGAAUAUGGAUGCUGGUGAGGAGCGCUUCAAUCAACUGUCAAUAGAGGAGCGAGGAAAAUUUGAUGAAGAGACAAUGGUCAAUGUCAACAGGAUGUUGAAGCGUCAGCCAAGUAGAGUUUGGAAGGGAUCAGAUGUAUUUGCAAAUGAGUAUAUUGUGGUCACCAUCCUCGUUGCUGCUGAGGGGGAGCACAAGUUACCAAUCAUCAAGAGUAGUGCAGAUCUGAAAGAGGCCUUGAAGAAAUUGGGUUCCAUACCAUCACGCCAAGUAUUGGCAGUGGAAGUACUAUGGACUCCCCAAAAUGAAUAUGAUACACUAAUGGAAAAUGAGUUAUUGCAAGAUUACCCACUUUUACGGCCGUUAUGAGUGGUUAAUCUUUAUUUCCGGUUGCUUGUAUCCCAUAUUAUUUUAUCUUUGUCCUAGAAUACAACUUCUUGGAUAGGAAGAUAGAAGAGUUGUAGAAUGGAGAGUUAUAGAUUGGUUUGAGAUACUCCACGUUAUUAUGCACUAUUUUUUGUACAGCAAAAUGUAUAAUCAUAUGUAGCCAUAACUCAGUGCACUCCUAAAAGCAUGUAGUCUAUAUUUCUUAAUGCCUCCUUUCCAAUCAGAAGAAUGUUAUAUUUAUUGAAGAAAUGAAAAUGGGGAAGCAGAGAGGAGACAAUGGUCUAAUGCAUAGCUGCAUUUGAUAAAUGACCAUUGAGAUAAUUUCUCAUCCAUGGCUGGUCAUGAUCUUCUCCUGUUGUGAUUGGGAUCUUUAUUGUCUAUUCAAUGUUGGUGAUGUAGAAUGUACACACCCUCAUGAUGCGCUUUACUGUUGCAUGCAUUUGUAAUGAUGAUGUCUGGUGCAUGAUUGUCAACAUUGCAAUUGCAAGCACAAUUGCAUGUAAUGGAGUCACAAAAAUGUUGCCUUAGAUGUAGCUGAUUCAUCAUUGCAUGAUACAAAGAUCAUACUUCUGUAAGAUGUAUCUAGUUUUGAUUAUUAUCUCCCCAAUUGCUAUUGUUUACGAAGAGUCAAAUAAUUUAGUUUGACAUUUGACAUAGCAUUUUAUCAAAAAUAAUGUGACAGGAAUACCUGUUUUUGUCACUCGA